AUGGGACAGGUCAGGGACCUGGCCCACAGCACAUUGGCAGGUGUUGACCAAGCUGAACUGAUCUUUGGAGUUAUCUCCGCCCUGUCCAGGAUCUCCCACCACAGCAUUGCACAAAUCAAAGGCAUAAGGCCUUUUCCAUCCGAGGACACCGCCCUGAAUGAGGAUGAUGUGUACCGGAGCCUGGAGGAGUUGGCAGACGAGCACGACUUGGGGGAAGAUGACAUCUACGACUGUGUGCCGUGUGAAGACGACGGCGACGACAUCUAUGAGGACAUCAUUAAGGUGGAAGUACGACAACCCAUGAAAAUGGGUAUGACAGAGGAGGACAAGAGAAACUGCUGCCUAGUUGAGAUCCAGGAGACUGAAGCGAAGUACUACAAGACUUUAGAGGACAUCGAGAAGAAUUACAUGAUCCCACUGAAGCAAGUCUUAAGUCCACAAGAAAUGGAGGCUAUUUUUGUCAACCUUGAGGAUGUUAUCAGAGUCCACUUUGCCCUACUGCGAGCCAUCGACCUGAGCAUGGUCAGUGGAGGAAGUGGCCUUGGGAAGAUCUUCAUUGACUUUAAGGAAAGGUUGUUGAUAUAUGGUCAGUACUGCAGUCACAUGGAAAAUGCUCAAAAGACACUGGAUGAGCUAAUAGCAACCCGGGAGGAUGUCAAGAUUAAAGUAGAGGAAUGUACGCUGAAAGUGCAAGAGGGGAAGUUCAAGCUGCAGGACCUUUUGGUAGUUCCCAUGCAGAGGGUGCUGAAGUAUCACCUGCUACUUAAGGAACUUCUGAGUCACUCCACUGACCGACCAGAGAGGCAACAACUCAAAGAGGCUCUGGAGGCUAUGCAGGACCUGGCUAUGUACAUCAACGAAGUCAAGAGGGACAACGAGACUCUGAAAAAAAUCAGUGAAUUCCAAAGUUCAAUUGAAAAUCUUCAGCAGGUGAAAUUGGAAGAGUAUGGCAGGCCAAAGAUAGACGGUGAGCUGAAGGUGUCCUCCAUCGUCAACAGAACAAAACAGGACCGGUAUAUCUUCCUGUUUGACAAGGUGGUUAUUGUCUGCAAGAGGAAAGGUUAUAGCUACGAGCUGAAAGAGAUUAUCGAACUACAGUCUUAUAAAAUGUCUGAUGACCCCAUGAACAACAGAGACAUGAAAAAGUGGUCGUAUGGCUUCUAUCUGAUCCACCUGCAAGGGAAGCAGGGCUUCCAGUUUUUUUGUAAAACCGAGGAAACAAAAAGGAAAUGGAUGGAGCAGUUUGAAAUGGCAAUGUCCAACAUCAAGCCAGAGAGGGCCACCGCCAAUCAGCAUAACUUCCAAAUGCACACAUUUGAUAAGAACACCAACUGUCGAGCCUGCAAGAUGCUUCUGAGGGGCAUUUUCUAUCAGGGCUACUACUGCUCGCGCUGUGGAACAGGAGCUCACAAAGAGUGUCUGGAAGUCAUCACCAUCUGUAAAAUCAAUCCCCUUGACUUGGAGCCUGGGAUGUCACCAGGUCCUAAAAUGGUGGCAGUGAGGAACUACCAUGGCACACCAGCACCUCAAGGGAAAACUCCUCUCUGUUUCCAAACGGGAGAUUUUAUUGAGCUCCUAAAGGGGGAUCCAGACACAGCAUGGUGGGAGGGGAAGCUGAUACAAACACAGAAGAGUGGCUUCUUCCCCAGUUCAUGUGUGAAACCUUGCCUGGACCCAAAGCCCUUCCAGUCAUUAUCCAGUCGGCAGUCCUCAAGGGAAGCAGACUACUACGGAUAUCCUUGGUUCGCGGGGAACAUGGAGCGCCAGCAGGCAGACAACCUUUUAAAGUCCCACAGCAGUGGGACCUACCUUAUCAGAGAGAGGACAGCCGAGGCGGAGCGCUUCGCCAUCAGCAUCAAAUUCAAUGAUGAAGUGAAACACAUCAAAGUCAUUGAGAAAGACAGCUGGAUUCACAUUACCGAGGCCAAGAAGUUUGAGAGCCUUCUGGAGCUGGUGGAGUACUAUCAGUCUCACUCCCUCAAAGAAAGCUUCAAGUUGUUAGAUACAACGUUGCGCUACCCCUUCAAGGCGAGAGAGCGCUCGCUAACAAGGGCCAGCACCCGCUCACCAGCAGCCUCUUGCGCCUCCUACAACUUCUCCUUCCUCAGUCCGCAGGGCCUCAACUUCUCCUCCUCUCAGAGCUCAGCCCCCUUCUGGUCAGUGUUCACCCCCCGGGUGGUCAGCACCGCUGUGGCCAGGUAUAACUUUGCAGCUCGGGACAUGCGGGAGCUGUCCCUGCGGGAAGGAGAUAUUGUCAAAAUUUACAGCAAGAUUGGCGGAGACCAGGGCUGGUGGAAAGGAGAGGCCAAUGGAAGAAUUGGAUGGUUUCCCUCAACCUACGUGGAUGAAGAAGGAGUGCAGUAAGCUUUGGAUGUUUGUGGCCAAGUUCCCUUUUUUAAAUCAGGCACCAUCGUCUGUCUACUGUCCUCAGAGAAAAUGACUCACUCUCCAGGAAAAGAA